AGUCUUGAAUGCAGUCCGCGCCUUAUCCGUCGAUCAAUAGCGAAAAAAAUAGAGUCAGCCGCUGAAUCCAUUUCUGUAAAAAGCGGCAGAUGCCGCGCUUAAUUUAGCGGAAUUUCUUCCUAUAAAAUGUCUUGCUAUCACUUGUUAAAUUUGAAACGUUUGGUAACCGAACAUGUCUUCUCCUUACGCCUCUCUGGCAAUUAUCAGCGGGGUCUAUCUUUUGGUUAUGACUGCCUAUACAGCACUGGAAGUUCUACAAAGUUCUAUCAAUGUUAAGAAAGAUAUAUUUAAAAGAAAAUAUUCCAGAAUGCUAAUCAUGUGGUUUUUGGCAUGUUUGGAAAAUGUUUUGAUAUUUGGUAACCUAAUUUCAUCCGUUGUACUACAAAAUACCCCAGAACAGGCCACUUCGUCUAAUGCCACAAUAUCGUCCUCAGUACUGGAAUGUGGAGCUCAGUACUGCAAACCAAACUCUUCGGAAAGACAGAAGUCUAACAUGGAGUUUGGAGAUUUAAAACUUACUCUGCUUAUCGGUUGUUUUCUGGCUAUUAAUGCACUAGGCCUACUACUUGCCGUAUUUGGAUUGAAAAAUGUUGAACGAAGAAACGAAGGAAGUGAAAACUCAACGCCUAUCAAACAUAUCAUAAAAAAUCAAAUUAUAUCAAUAUUCAAAAUGAUUGGUUCAAAAGAUUUUAUACCUCUAAUCCCAAUGUCCAUACUGCUUGCUCUCCCUCUUGCCCUUCUUGGAUCAGCGUAUGCCGAAGCCUACGUAAGUUGA